GUUCUGCGUCUGGCCUGGUGCGCGGACGGCCGUGCGGGCCUGACCCCGCGGAGCCUCCCGACCCCCACGCCCCCUCCGCGGGCGGCGCCUCUCCCGGUCGGGCCCCGAGGGAGCGUGCGGGGCCGGCGUGUCCACCGUGUGCCGCCCGCUCGCGUCUCCGUCGGCUUGUCUCGGUGCCGUGGGAGCUCCAGGGUGCGGGCUGACGGGCCGCGCUGGUGCCCCGCGGGCCGGCGCGGGAGACAGGGCCGCCGCGGACCCCGCUGCAGUUCCAGUUCUGAGCCUCCGCCUGCCCGUCAGCCCCGUCGGCCCCGCCCCUCCCCGCGGCUGUCCGGCCCGGGGGAGCCCGGCGGGUGGGCAUGGCCAGCAUCACCCAGCUGUUCGACGACCUGUGCGAGGCCCUCCUGCCCGCUGCCAAGGCUCACCUGGGCCAGCGCGGCCUGAGCCGCAGGCGGGCGAAGCAGAGCCUCAAGAGGGUGGCCUACAAUGCUCUCUUCACACACCUCUUCCAAGAGGAGCCUCCGAGGCGGCGGCCCGACCUCUCGAGACUCCCGGUGAAAAACAAGGUCCUCAUGCUGUCCUUUGACCUGCGAGUGGGCGGCCUGGGGCCCGAGGCUGACCGCCUGGAGGCGCUGGUGGAGAAGCUCGAAGCGGCCCCCCGCUGUCCGCUGGGGGAGGUGGGGUCGGCUCUGGACCUGCUGGUGCAGCUGGCGGGCACCGGGCCCCCGCAGGCACUGCCCCGCCGGCGGGACUACUUCCUGAACAACAAGCACGUGGGGAGAAACGUCCCCUACGGCGGCUACGACUGCUACGACCUGAGUGUGUUUGAGAUGGACGUGCAGUCUCUGAUCUCCAGAGAGGAGUAUUUAUGUCAGGACAUGAUCCAGAAAGCGCUUCAGGUGAUGGAGGCGACGCCGGGCACCGGCCUGCCCACUGCCCGGCUCUUCUCCUACGGGGACCCUUGUGGUGACAGGUUCGAGAGAGACACCCGCGUCUCGCUGUUCGGAGCCCUCGUGCACAGUCGCACCUACGACAUGGAUGUCCGGCUGGACUUGCCCCCGGUGCCGGACAGCGCAGACCUCUCUGGACUGGCCAUCAAGGUGCCUCAGAGCGUGGAUCCAUCCGAAGAUGAAGGGUUCCAGUCAGCAUCCAAUUUGACUCCCGACUCCCAGUCUGAGCACGGCACGACCCCGGAGAUUGACCCGUGGGACGCGGUGCUCACCUACGAGGCCAGCAGGCGGAGGUGCUGGGAACAAGUCGGCUGCCCCCCUGGCCACAGAGAAGAGCCCUACCUCACGGAGGCGGGAAGGGACGCCUUCGACAGUUUCUGCAGGCUGUGCCGCGGAGAGCUGCAGGUGCUGGGCGGCGGCCUCCCGCAGGCCGCGCAGCCCCUGUUGGUGCAGGAGUGCGAGCUGGUGAAGGAUGUGCUGAACGUCUUGAUUGGGGUCAUGUCUGCCACAUUUCCCCUCUGCCAGCCGACUCAGGCCUUCGUGGUGAAGCAGGGCAUCCACGUGUCAGGAACGUCCCCCGAGAGCGUCAGCAGCCUCCUCUCGGAGGUGGCCGAGUGCGGGACCCACUACGCACGCCUGAGCCACUUCUCUCUGCAGCCCGUGCUGGACGCCUCCUGCAGCAAGGGCCUCGUGUUCCAGGCCUUCACCAGCGGCCUGAGGAGGUACCUGCAGUAUUACCGGGCGUGUGUCCUCUCCACCCCGCCUACUCUGAGCCUCCUCACCAUUGGCUUUCUCUUCAAGAAGCUGGGCCGGCAGCUCAGGUACCUGGCUGAGCUCUGUGGUGUGGGCACCUGCGGAGGAGAGUCCCAGGCUCCCUUCCCUACUGGCGUGAAGCUGCUCUCCUACCUCUACCAGGAGGCCCUGGACAACUGCAGCAACGAGCACUACCCGGUGCUGCUGUCCCUGCUCAAGACCAGCUGCGAGCCCUACACUCGGUUCAUCUACGACUGGGUGUACAGUGGGGUCUUCAGAGAUGUUUAUGGCGAGUUCAUGAUCCAGGUGAACCACGACUACCUGGGCUUCAGAGACAAGUCCUACUGGACCCACGGCUACGUGCUCCUCUCCAAGGAGGCCGAGGACUGCGUGCCCGCGUUCCUGAGGCACAUCGCCCACGACGUGUACGUCUGCGGGAAGACCAUCAACCUGCUGAGGCUCUGCUGCCCCCGGCAUUAUCUCUGCUGGUCCGACGUCCCUGUGCCCCGGAUCUCGGUGAUUUUCUCCCUUGAGGAGCUGAAGGAGAUUGAGAAGGACUGUGCCAUCUACGUGGGGCGGAUGGAGAGGGUGGCACGCCACAGCUCCAUCAGCAAGGAGGAGAAGGAAUUACGAAUGGAGAUAGCUAAGCAAGAGCUAAUCGUCCAGGCCCGAGAAGCGGCGUCCAGGGUCCUGAGUGCGUUGAGCGAUCGGCAGAUGUCUGAACGAAUGGCCUUGGACGCCCGGAAGCGAGAGCAGUUUCAGAGGCUGAAAGAGCAGUUUGUGAAGGACCAGGAGCGACGCCGGGCAGCCAGGCAGGAGGAGCUGGACGAUGACUUCAGCUACGCCCGGGAGCUCCGGGACAGGGAGCGGAGGCUGCAGGCCCUGGAGGAGCAGCUGGAGAGGAAGGCGAGGCAGGCGCUGGUUGACCAUUAUAGCAAGUUGUCUGCAGAGGCAGCUCGUCGGGAGCAGAAGGCGCUGUGGAAGAUCCAGAGGCACAGGCUCGCGAGCGCGCGGGCUCGCUUUCUCUUAGAAGAUCAGGAGCACAUUCAGGCCAUGCUGAGAGACGCGUCCAAGGGGAGGCCCCCAGAGCCGCCGGCGGAGCUCCCCAGUGCAUGCUCGCAGGCCUCGUCUCUGGGCCCUGGGCACCCUGAUGGAGGUGGCAGCUGUGAUUCUGGGUGUGCAGAGCAGCACGUGGCUGCCGGGGAUGGCCCAAGCCAGCCAACGGAGCUGACGCCACAGCCCCUCGCGCCUCCAGCACUGGGGGCCUGCAGCGGCUCCGAGCUGGGAGCAGGCCUGCAGCCAGGGCAGGCCGAGGGGCCAGGGCUGUUCUCUGCAGGCCUCAGUAUCCAAGAUUUCCUGCCCACGGGCCAGGGUGCUGAGCAGCCUGACGACACUGGGGUGGCCCCUGUCUUGGAGGAGGCCCUGCAGACCAUCGGUUCAGAUUUGCGCGCCUCUGCUUCGUCAGCCACAGCGGGCACGGGCUGCUCUGGGCCACAGGAGUACGAUUUCAGAACUGUCCUGAGGCCAGCUCUGGUCACUUCGGCCCCAGGGUCCCUUCAGACUAUGGGAGGCAGCUUAGGCUGCGAGGGGCCGCAGCUGUGGGGGGACACUCACGUGUUUAGGCUGGACACCUGUGUCCCAGAUGGGCAGGUGGCUCUGCCUCACCCAUGCCCACCCAGGAAUAACCUCCCCCAAGAGGGGAGUAGCCAGGCCAUGGGGCAGCCUCUUGGGCAUGUGUCUGAGGGUGGUAUUCUCACAGGGGGUUAUGCUUCUGGAAUGGCCCCCUCCCGGCCACGGUGGAACGUCCACGGACACGUGUCUGAUGCCAGCAUCAAGGUGGGGGAGAACGUGUGGGACGUGGCAUCUUCCCGGCCACGCUGGAACGUCCACGGACACGUGUCUGAUGCCAGCAUCAAGGUGGGGGAGAACGUGUGGGACGUGGCAUCUUCCCGGCCACGCUGGAACGUCCACGGACACGUGUCUGAUGCCAGCAUCAAGGUGGGGGAGAACGUGUGGGACGUGGCAUCCUCCCGGCCACGCUGGAACGUCCACGGACACGUGUCUGAUGCCAGCAUCAAGGUCGGGGAGAACGUGUGGGACGUGGCAUCUUCCCGGCCACGCUGGAACGUCCACGGACACGUGUCUGAUGCCAGCAUCAAGGUCGGGGAGAACGUGUGGGACGUGGCAUCCUCCCGGCCACGCUGGAACGUCCACGGACAUGUAUCUCAGUCCCAGGUGAUGCUGGGAGCGCCCCCAGGGGAAACCCAGCCUGAUACACCCAGGCCCCUUCAGAGCUCCCCCGACCACAUGUCCCAGCCAGGCCUCAGCCUGGGCACCCAGAGCCCUACCUGGGAACACGGUUCACAGCUGCUGGCAGAACCGGCCGCGGUCAGCUCCUGCACGCGGGUGGCUGGCUCUGGGGAAGAAGGUGGCCUCCAGGCCUUGCCGGGUGCUGAGGCAGGACCCAGUGCUGUGGGAGACGGCACCUGUGAGCCAGGCCCAGGGAGGAGUGGGGACACCGAGGACUGCUCUUCCGGUCAGCCUUCAAGCUCCCAGGAACGCGCAGCCACCCCGAGCAGCCCCGGCCUGGAAGAGGUGGCGGAGGACGGGGCAGCGGCCAGGCGCCAGGGCAGGGAGCAGGCCUACCUGGCAGGCCUGGUGGAGCAGUACCACCUGGAGCAGUACCCGGACAGCUACGAGGCCAUGUCAGAGCCUCCCGUCGCGCGCCUCCUACACCACGGGCUUCCUCGGGCCUUCUCCCUCCCCGAGGACACCCGGGGCCCGUUGGACACGGAGGAGACCAUGGAUGAGACCGCGGUGCAGCUGAGCGAGCUGCUGCCGCUGCCUGUGCUCAUGAAGCACUCGGUCACUGCCCCGCUGGCCGCCCACGUGUCCCUGGUGAACAAGGCCGCGGUGGACUACUUCUUCGUGGAGCUGCAGCUAGAGGCGCACUUCGAGGCGCUGCGGCACUUCCUGCUGAUGGAGGACGGGGAGUUCGCGCAGUCCCUGAGCGACUUGCUCUUUGAGAAGCUGGGCGCGGGGCAGACGCCCGGGGAGCUCCUCAGCCCGCUGGUGCUCAAUGCGGUGCUGCGCAAGGCGCUGCAGUACAGCUUGCAUGGGGACUCCCCACUCGCCGCCAACCUCUCCUUCGCCCUCAAGUUCCUGCCGGAGGUCUUCGUCCCCAACGCUCCGGACGUGCUGAGCUGCCUGGAGCUCAGGUACAAGGUCGACUGGCCCCUCAACAUCGUCAUCACCGAGAGCUGCCUGAGCAGGUACAGCGGCAUCUUCUCCUUCCUGCUGCAGCUGAAGCUCAUGAUGUGGACGCUCAAGGACGUCUGUUUCCACCUCAAGCGCACAGCUCUCGUGAGCCCCGCGGCCGGCUCCGUGCAGUUCCGCCAGCUGCAGCUGUUCAAACACGAGAUGCAGCACUUCGUGAAGGUCAUCCAGGGCUACAUCGCCAACCAGAUCCUGCACGUCACCUGGUGUGAGUUCCGGGCCCGGCUGGCCACGGUGGGGGACCUCGAGGAGAUCCAGCGCGCCCAUGCCGAGUACCUGCACAAGGCCGUCUUCAGGGGCCUGCUGACAGAGAAGGCAGCUCCCGUCAUGAACAUCAUCCACAGCGUCUUCAGCUUGGUCCUCAAGUUCCGCAGCCAGCUCAUCUCCCAGCCCUGGGGCCCAGCUGGUGGCCCCCACGGCGCCGAGCACCCCAACUUUGCCCUCAUGCAGCAGUCCUACAACACCUUCAAGUACUACUCCCACUUCCUUUUCAAAGUGGUGACCAAGCUGGUGAACCGAGGCUACCAGCCCCACCUGGAGGACUUCCUGCUGCGCAUCAACUUCAACAAUUACUACCAGGACGCCUGAGCUGCUCCGGCCCGGGUGCAGGCCACAUGCAGGUGCCUCUGGGGCGGGUCCCAGGGUCGGGCUGGGGUAGAAUGACCACACGGAGAUGGGCCUUGGGAGCUGCUGUUUAUUUAGGGGCUGUUCCGAGAAGCAGGAGCCUGCAGCGCCGGCCUCCCAGGCUGCCAUGGGGGUUGUGGCUGCUGUGUCCUCCUGGGUCCGGUCCCUCUGCUGACCUGUCCUUGCGUGAAGCAGCUUUUCGUGGGGAGCAUGCUGCUUGUGGGACUGUGCUGGGCUGCUGAGUCAGUGUCAGACAGAGACGGGUCAGGUCCUGACUGGACGUCCCUGCCGUCAUGGAGAGACGGGGUGGGGCUGCUCGCUGGCUGGGCACCGCCUCAUGGACUCAGUGUCAUUGCCUUGGGGGCCUCCCGGCCUCCAAGGCGGUUACGAGGAUCACGUCACACACAGCUCUGCGGCCCAGAGCGGGGGCUUGCUGCUGUAGGAGCGGCGCCUCUCUGCCGUGCUGCUGGCCCCCUCAGGCUCAGUGGCCUCCAGGACCUCAGCGGCCUCCCCCUCCCUGUGGUAUGGGGCCUCCAGCAGCUUCAGCACCCGCCGCACCUGGAGAGGAGCAAGGGAAGGUUACUGGGGACCCUCCCUCCCUGGCCCAGCCCCUCCUGCGGGACCCAGGGAAAGAGGAGGGACUGGCGUGUCCUUGCCUCUGAGAAGUCUCCGUUCUCGGCAGCCUCGAUGGCAUUCUGCGCGAUGUAGUUCCGCAGGACGUACUUGGGGUUGUUGGCGUGCAUGACACGCGUGCGCUCAGCCUGCCAGGCAUCCUCGUCAGCGGCACCCUCCCUGUCCUUCUCCAGCCUGGCCCUGGAACCACAAGCCCACCUUGGCACAGCUGCAGCUCCCACCCUCCUCCGUUGGGUCCCCAGAGAUGGUGCCACGGCAGUCAGCACUGUGCCCACCUUGCACGGCCAGGCUGGGCUCACCUGUACUCCUGGAGCCAGUCAGCCCAGUGGCCCCUGUUCCUGCUCAGCAGUUCGGCCGGGCUCAGCUGCUCCAGCCGCGACUGCUGCUCCACACGCUCCAGCUCCUUGGUGACGUUGGCCCGGGUGCCGAUCAGCGCAAAGAGCUGCGGGUUUGACUGCGCCAGCAUCAGCAUCAUGGAGAGCUGCCUGGGGUGGGGAGCGGCCAUGAGUGUGUCCAGGAGGCUGCCGUGUCCCGCCCUGGCUGUGGACCAUAGCCUGGGACUGCUGCACACCUGACUGUCCCAGAGGGAUGGCCUUAACUGCUCUGCUGCACCCCACUACAGCCUGACUGAAGGGGAGCCCAACCCCAAUGGAUGAGGUGGAUGUGGGCACCUGCCAGCUGGCCACCCUCGUUCAGCAGCCCCUCCAUGUGACGGGACACAGCUGCACCCAAGGAGAUGCCACAGACCGACUCAGGUGGCCCCUAGGGUGGGCAGACACUGUCUCUGCCCCCACCCAGCACUGACUGCUGGGAGAAGUUCACUGCAGUCAGGGACAGGUCCUGCCAGCCAGCCCACGUGGGUCCCGAGGCCCCACACGACCGCAUUAAAUUCCUCUGACCAGUCUA